AUGGAUAAUAACUUAUUGGGUCAACAACUAGUUGGAUCAGAUAUUCAUGGAUUUCACACAUUGCAAGAGCUGGAUGUUGCGAGCAUUAUGGAGGAGGCAAGAACAAGAUGGCUUCGCCCUAAUGAGAUUCAUGCCAUGCUUUGCAAUCGCAAGUAUUUCACUAUCAAUGUCAAGCCAAUGAAUUUGCCCAAAAGUGGUACUAUUGUAUUAUUUGACCGUAAGAUGCUUCGGAACUUUAGAAAAGAUGGGCACAACUGGAAAAAGAAAAAGGAUGGAAAAACUGUUAAGGAAGCUCAUGAGCAUUUAAAAGUUGGUAAUGAAGAAAGGAUCCAUGUAUAUUAUGCACAUGGUCAAGAUAACCCAAACUUUGUCCGUAGAUGUUAUUGGCUGCUUGAUAAGAGUCUGGAACACAUAGUCCUAGUUCAUUACCGUGAAACACGGGAGGUUUGUCUUCAAGGAUCUCCCAUCACUCCCGUAAAUUCAAACUCUACUUCUGCCUCUGACCCUACUGCACCAUGGAUUUUGUCGGAAGAAAUAGAUUCAGGGACCAAAACUGCAUAUGCUGGUGAUAUUAAUAACAAUAUAACAGUCAAAAGUCAUGAACUGAGGCUUCAUGAGCUUAAUACACUUGAAUGGGAUGAGCUAGUUGUUACAAACGAUCUUAACGCCUCAACUGUACCUAAUGGAGGAAAAAAUCCAUAUUUUGAUCAACAAAAUCAAAUUUUACCAAAUGACAGUUUUAGCAAUGCAGCCAGCAAUGCAUCUACAGAAGUUCGUUCUUUCAAUAUUUCAACUCAGCCAAUUCCAGGGAGCUACAGUGUUCCAUUCAAUUUUUCCGAAGGUGUUACUCUUCAGACAAUUGACAAUCAAGGAAAUCAAAAUGAGUCGAGGAACCAUCCUAUCCCUUCAAGUGGCAUUGAUUCCUUCAACACUUUGGUCAAUGACAGAUUGCCUGUCUCUUCAAGUGGCGUUGAUUCCUUAAACACUUUGAUCAAUGACAGAUUGCAAAGUCAGGACAGCUUAGGAAUGUGGGUGAACCCAAUCAUGUCUGGUUCCCCUUGUUCAGUUGAUGAUUCGGCUCUUGGAUCCUCAGUUUCAUCCGUAGUGGAUAAUCAGCAACUUUCCCUCCCAGAACAAAUAUUUAAUCUCACCGAUGUGUUCCCUGCAUGGGUGUAUUCCACAGAGAAAUCAAAGGUCCUAGUGACUGGACUCUUUCAAAUAGACUAUCAGCACCUCUCAAAGUCCAAUCUAACAUGUGUCUGUGGUGAUGAAGUCGUUCCUGCAGAAAAUGUUCAGGAUGGGGUAUACCGAUGUUGGGUUCCACCGCAUACUCCAGGAUUCGUGAAUCUCUACUUGAGCUUAGAUGGCCAUAAUCCUAUCAGCCAAGUUGUUCAUUUUGAGUACCGUACUCCUGUUUUGCACGAUCCAAUUGCUUCUGUGGAAGAAAAGGACAAUUGGGACGAGGUUCAACUUCAGAUGAGGCUUGCUUAUUUGCUCUUUGCUAAACAACAAAGUCUUGAUGUCAUCUCUAGUAAAGUAUCAUCUAGUAGAUUAAAGGAGGCAAGGGAAUUCUCCUUAAAGACGUCAUUUAUUUCCAAUACUUGGCAAUACUUAAUGAAGUCAACUUUAGAUCACAAAAUUCCAUUUUCGCAAGCAAAAGAUGACCUGUUUCGAAUUGCAUUGAAAAACAGAUUAAAGGAAUGGCUUUUGGAAAAAAUUGUUUUAGGAUGUAAGAUUACUGAAUAUGAUGCACAAGGGCAAAGUGUCAUCCAUUUGUGUGUAAUUUUGGGAUAUACAUGGGCGGUUACUUUAUUUUCAUGGUCAGGCUUGUCGCUAGAUUUCCGGGAUAAAUUUGGAUGGACUGCUCUUCAUUGGGCCGCAUAUUAUGGCAGGGAGAAAAUGGUUGCAACUUUAUUAUCAGCCGGGGCAAAGCCAAAUUUGGUCACAGAUCCAACUCACCAAAACCCUGGUGGAUGUACUGCCGCCGAUCUUGCUCACACGAGGGGUUAUCAUGGUUUAGCAGCUUAUCUUUCGGAAAAGUCUCUAGUUGAGCAGUUCAAUGACAUGAGCUUGGCUGGAAAUAUCAGUGGCUCACUGGAAACUAGCACGGAUGAACCAGUAAAUACCGAGAACCUUACCGAGGAGCAGCUCUACCUGAAAGAUACAUUGGCAGCUUACCGGACAGCUGCUGAUGCAGCUGCACGCAUACAAGAAGCAUAUAGGCAGCAUUCCUUAAAAUUACGAACGGAGGCGGUUGAGUUUUCCAGCCCAGAAGCCGAAGCACGCAAAAUAGUUGCAGCAAUGAAGAUUCAGCACGCCUUCCGCAAUUUUGAGACCAAGAAAGUCAUGGCUGCUGCUGCUCGCAUACAAUAUAGAUUCCGUACAUGGAAGAUUCGUAAAGAUUUCCUCAACAUGCGUCGUCAAGUUAUCAAGAUUCAAGCUGCUUUCCGGUGCUUUCAACAACGGAAACAUUAUUGUAAAAUUCUUUGGUCAGUUGGUGUUGUUGAGAAAGCAGUGCUACGUUGGCGUUUAAAGAGAAAAGGCUUCCGUGGGCUCCAGCUUAAUACCGCAGAAGCAGAGGAAGAUCAGAAUAAGCAAAGUGAUGCAGAAGAAGAAUUCUUUAGAACUGGUAGGAAACAAGCUCAAGAACGCGUUGAGAGAAGUGUAAUACGAGUGCAGGCUAUGUUCCGUUCUAAGAAAGUGCAAGAAGAUUACAGGAGGAUGAAGUUGGCACUUAAACAAGCAAAGAUGGAACGGGAAUUCGAAGAGGUGAUUAGUACUGAAGUUGACAUGGGAAUGAAGAGAUAG